GAAUUGAACUUGUUGAAGAAAGAGAGAGUGUCUCACAUGCCAUGUGAACAACAGCUGUUUCCAUUCCCCCACUUUGAUAAUACAUCCUUCUUGCCAUCUUUGCUCUUGUCUUUUGACUCCCAUUAUUUCUUUCUUCCCAAACCCAAACCAAAUUAAUACCACCAUCUCUCUCUCUCUCUCAAACCAGAUCUCAAAGCUCUCUUCUUUCUCUCUAAUGGCACCCAUCAUAUCCUAAAACACCUCUCUCCCUCUUUCUUUCUUGUCCGAAAGAAGUUAAAUUUCCCACAAAUAUGAGGCCUUCAUUAGCCUCAACAACAUACUUUUCUCUCCUCAUUCUUACAUUCUCCGUCACCUUUCUUAUCUCCCUCGAAGCUGCUGCUUCUGCUUCUUCCAAAAACAGAGAUUCUCAGCCACUUCUUAACUUCAAAGCCAGCUUGCUUGACCCAUCUCUUCUUCAAAGCUGGGUUGCUAACCAAGACCCUUGUAGCUUCAAAGGUGUUACAUGCCAAGAUUCCAAAGUUUCCUCUAUUAAUCUCAGCUACACAGCAUUGAGCAUUGAUUUUCAUAUUGUUGCUGCUUUCCUUUUAUCCCUGCAAAACCUGGAAUCCCUUUCUUUGUUGAAGGCCAAUAUCUCUGGCAACAUUUCUUUCCCUUCUGGGUCCAAGUGUAGCUCCCUGUUGACCACCUUAGAUCUAUCUCAAAACACCUUGUCGGGUCCUCUUUCAACUGUUUCCAACUUGGGUUCUUGCACAAACUUGAAGGUUCUCAAUCUAUCAAGCAAUAGCCUUGAGUUUUCGGGUAAAGAAUCCAGGGGUUUGAAGCUAAGUUUGGAAGCUCUGGAUCUUUCUUUCAACAAGCUAUCUGGUGAAAACGUGGUUCCUUGGAUUCUUUAUGGUGGUUGCUCUGAGUUGAAGCUCUUGGCUUUGAAAGGAAACAAGAUUAGUGGUGAAAUAAAUGUGUCGAAUUGCGGAAAGUUGCAGUUUUUGGAUUUUUCAUCCAACAAUUUCUCAGUGGGGACUCCUUCAUUUGGAGACUGCUUAGCUUUGGAACAUCUUGAUGUAUCUACCAACAAGUUUUCUGGUGAUAUUUCCCAUGCAAUUUCUUCGUGUGUGAACUUAGAGUUCUUGAACCUAUCAAACAAUCAGUUUUCGGGGCCGAUUCCAGCUUUGCCAACUUCCAAAUUACGGCGCCUUUAUUUAGCAUUAAAUAAGUUUGAAGGAGAGAUUCCAGUGUAUCUCACAGAAGGUUGUUCAGGCCUUGUUGAGCUGGAUCUUUCUUCAAAUAAGCUUUCUGGUAUGGUUCCUAGUGGCUUUGGUUCUUGCUCUUCUAUGGAGUCUUUUUCUGUAUCGAGUAACAACUUCACUGGUGAACUCCCCAUUGAAAUAUUCCAGAAUAUGAGUUCCUUGAAGGAGUUGGGUUUAGCUUUUAAUUAUUUCUCUGGUCCUUUGCCUGAGUCUUUGUCUAGUCUUUCCAACCUGACCGUCCUGGAUCUCAGUUCAAAUAACUUUUCAGGAUCCAUCCCUGCUUCUUUGUGUGAAAAUCCCACCAACAGGUUGAAAGUUCUGUAUCUGCAAAAUAAUAUCUUAACUGGCUCUAUUCCUCCUACUCUCAGUAACUGUUCUCAGCUUGUUUCACUCCAUUUGAGCUUCAAUUACCUCACGGGUACAAUUCCUCCAAGCCUGGGAUCUCUCUCCAAUCUCAAGGACUUGAAGCUUUGGAUGAAUCAGCUCCAUGGCGAAAUCCCACAACAGCUAGGAAUCGUUCAGACACUUGAGACAUUGAUUCUCGACUUCAAUGAGUUGACUGGGACAAUACCUUCUGGCCUAAGCAACUGUACCAAGUCGAAUUGGAUUUCAUUAUCCAACAACCGGUUGACUGGUGAGAUUCCUGCUUGGCUUGGCAAGCUUUCCAUUCUUGCUAUCCUCAAGCUCAGCAAUAACUCCUUCUAUGGACGAAUCCCGCUGGAGCUCGGAGAGUGUAAAAGCUUGAUAUGGUUGGAUCUUAAUACUAAUAACUUGAAUGGGACCAUCCCUCCUAUGCUGUUCAAACAAUCUGGUAAAAUUGCUGUCAAUUUCAUUGCUGGGAAGAGGUUUACGUAUAUCAAGAAUGAUGGAAGCCAGGAGUGCCAUGGGUCAGGAAAUUUACUAGAAUUUGCAGGAAUUAGAGAACAACAGUUGGACAGAAUUUCUGCUAGGAACCCUUGCAACUUUACUACUAGAGUGUAUGGAGGUCUCACACAGCCCACAUUCAACAACAAUGGUUCUAUGAUCUUUCUUGAUCUUUCAUACAAUCUGCUGUCAGGGACAAUUCCCAAUGAGAUUGGCACAAUGCCGUAUCUCUUUAUCUUAAACUUAGGCCACAAUAAUAUCUCCGGAACCAUCCCACAGGACAUUGGGAAAUUGAAGGGUCUUGGCAUUCUUGAUCUUUCCUACAACCGAUUGGAAGGGUCGAUCCCACAAUCCUUGACUGGCAUUACUAUGCUCAGUGAGAUUCAUCUGUCAAACAACCUUCUCUCUGGAAUGAUUCCUGAAAUGGGUCAGUUGCUUACAUUCCCAGCUAAUGAUUUCCUAAAUAAUUCAGGUCUUUGUGGGGUUCCUCUUCCUGCCUGUGGAAGAGAUCGGUCGGCUAGUUCAAAUGCCGAGCACCGAGAACCCCAUAACAGAAAAGCUACUCUUGCAGAGAGUGUGGGAAUGGGAUUGCUGGUCUCUCUCUUCUGCAUCUUAGGUUUGAUCGUAGCUGUUAUAGAAACAAAGAAAAGAAGGAAGAAGGGUAAUGCUCUUGAUGUUCAUAUGGACAGCAAUUCCCACUCAGGCUCUGUAAAUACCAGUUGGAAGCUAACUGGCGCACGGGAAGCAUUAAGCAUAAACCUGGCUACAUUUGAGAAGCCCUUGUGGAGGCUCACCUUUGCUGAUCUUCUUGAAGCCACUAAUGGCUUCCAUGAUGACAGCCUUAUUGGUUCUGGUGGCUUUGGUGACGUAUACAAGGCCCAGCUGAAAGAUAAGAGUAUUGUUGCAAUCAAGAAACUAAUACAUAUUAGUGGACAGGGUGACCGUGAAUUCACUGCAGAAAUGGAAACCAUCGGGAAGAUCAAGCAUCAUAACCUUGUUCCUCUCUUGGGUUACUGUAAGGUGGGAGAAGAAAGGCUUCUAGUCUAUGAGUAUAUGAGGUAUGGAAGCUUAGAGGAUGUUUUACAUGAUCAAAAGAAAUCUGGGAUCAAAUUGAGCUGGGCGGCUAGGCGCAAGAUUGCUAUUGGAGCAGCUAGAGGUCUGGCAUUUCUUCACCAUAAUUGCACUCCGCAUAUAAUUCAUAGAGAUAUGAAAUCGAGCAAUGUCCUGCUUGAUGAGAAUUUGGAGGCGAGAAUUUCAGAUUUUGGGAUGGCAAGGCUUGUGAGUGCGAUGGAUACGCAUUUGAGUGUUAGUACAUUAGCCGGUACUCCUGGUUAUGUUCCACCUGAAUACUACCAAAGCUUUAGAUGUUCGGCGAAAGGUGAUGUUUAUAGUUACGGUGUAGUCUUACUCGAGUUGCUAACAGGUAAAAGGCCUACAGAUUCUGUUGAUUUUGGUGAUAACAACCUUGUGGGGUGGGUGAAACAACAUGCAAAACUUAAAAUAAGUGACAUCUUCGAUCUGGAGCUCAUGAAAGAGGAACCGAGUCUAGAGAUUGAACUUUUACAACACUUAAAUGUAGCCUGUGCUUGCUUGGAUGACCGACCAUGGAGACGACCCACAAUGAUUCAAGUCAUGGCAAAGUUCAAGGAAAUACAAGCAGGGUCGGGACUCGAGUCCCAAUCAACCAUUGCCACUGAUGAUGGAGGUUUCAGCGCAGUCGAAAUGGUAGACAUGACCAUAAAAGAAAUCCCCGAAGGUAAGCAGUAGGUGACCACACAAGGUGAUGAUUCAUUGAGAUCUCCCACAAAAUUUUCCCAACAUAAAAAAAGAAAAAAAGAGGCAUAGAACUGUGUACCAUUUGAUGUAUGUAUCUUGUUAUACAUAAAAAAAGAAAAGAGGAGGUUAUUUAACUUGCUUAUGAUAUGUGUAAAUAUACAGUUUGCUGUUAUUGUUUUGCAGUUGCUUUUGUUUUAUAAA